GGAAAUAAUCUUUGAGUUAGGUUGGCUAUAAAAUAUGCAAAUUAAUGUCCUUGCCCGUGAGGAGAGGCGACAGUGGCGCCACGCCGGUAUUAAUCGAUCGCACCGAGCCCCGCCCCUUGAAGUGUCAAAACACAGGCGAGGCCCCUGAAGCCCAAAAUCCGCGAAGCCCCGCUUAAGGGACCCUACGGGCACUACGAAAAUACGAAAUGGCGUCCCAGCUGCAAGGAUACGAACCCGAGACUCAGCAGGAAAUGCCGAGCCAGUACGACACCGGAAUGCAGCCUCCAGGGGGUGCAGGCGGUGGCGGUCAUUUGCAGGCCCUCAGGUCUGCCAUGCAGGUCAACCUGGACGUUUUCCGCGAGCCUCGGGGGGUCAUGCGAAUCAUCCAUUUGGUGUUCUCACUGUUUGCCAUAAUCACGAUCUGCUCGUACGACAAUGAGGUGACGUUCGCCGUGAAAUGCCCUGAUCCGCAGCCCAGGAGUGUCGUCUCCUUCCCCUACGACUACCCAUUCAAGCUGGACCACAUUUCUCGGAAGGAGGCGUGUUCACACCCUGAAAGUCGGUAUCUGACGCUGUACGGCGACUUCAGCUCAGACGCCGAGUUCUUUGUGGCUGUGGGUGUUUUGUCGCUGCUGGGGGCGGCUGCUGCCUCCGCCAUCUACGCACUGUAUGAGGCCCAAUACCAGAGCAACCCUCUCAUCUCCCUUGCCGAUUUCGGGGGCACCGCCCUCUUUGCUCUUCUGUGGCUCUCGGCCAGCGCUGCCUGGGCCAACGGCCUAUCCGGAAUAAAACACUCGACCGAACCAGCCAUCCUGAUGCGCACCAACCAGUGCGGAAAGGGCCUCUGCGAGAAUGUGACCACAGGCAGCUUCUCUGGGCUCAACAUCUCAGUUAUUCUGGGAUUUUUAAACUUCUUCCUGUGGACCUCCGACUUGUGGUUCAUCUACAAGGAGACUCCUUGGUUCAAAAUGAAGCAGCAACCCCUUGAUCAACAGAUCAAUUAAAAAAAAGAGUAGCCAGGACUGACUAGCAAUAAUUAUCUAUGGAUAUUCCAUUGUUCUGUAACUUAUCCGACGCACAAAUAGCUAGGCAUUUAUUUUCCUGCACACUCUAAAAACGGAAUCCAAAAAGCAAAUAUACUCUUAAGAAAUGUUACAGAUUAUCGAAUUUAUGGCCGACAAGGAAUUUCAAUAUUUUUUUUUAUCAGUAUUUAGAGAAUUUACUUAUAAUUUCAUUCCAUUGCUGCUCCUGCAAUUGAUUUUUCACUUCGGAGCAACAAGUUGUUGCGUAAAAGACAGGCUUGAUUGUUGUACUUAUUAUUAUGCUUGCCGCACAUCUGUUGCGUGUGUCAAAUUACUCCACUCCAUUUUUUUAAUCUGUCACUCAUCAUUGAGAGGAUUAGUUCAACAUUCCACAGGCAUCAAUUAAAAUAGCGUCGCAAAUAGUUAGCCGCAGCUGAAUUACCCGCAUGAAAUGCCCAGUGUCUUGACCUUGAUCGAACCCCUUGUUGAGCAGCACAAGUACUAUUAUUAUUAAAUGACGGAACAUAUUAUACUUAUGUCUCACAACAAAAAUUGUGUCAAUUGCAAGAUAAUUAUUUUUCUGAGAUAUUUUUUGUGUGGAAAUUCUAAUCUCAUUUUUCUAUUUUUGUUUCGCAAAAUGAAAUAAAUAAAUGAUUUGAAGAAGUCAAUUAAAAACCUCAUAGUUAUU